AUGGUACAAGUUAAAGAAUUUGAUGGUAAUCUGAAAGAGGAGGGUCUGGUUUCUCUGAGCCCUUCAGUAUCUGGUAGCACUUGCGAUAAUGCAGUUCUCAAUCUAGCCUCUUUAAUGGCUGGUCCUAUAAGACGAUCAACAAAGGGCGGCUGGACAGAGGAGGAGGAUGAAAUUUUAGCCCAUGCUGUCCAAAAGUUCAAUGGCAGAAACUGGAAAAAGAUUGCUGAAUGUGUUCCUGACAGAACAGAUGUUCAGUGCCUUCAUCGCUGGCAGAAAGUUCUCAAUCCUGAUCUUGUUAAAGGAUUUUGGUCCAAGGAGGAAGAUGAUCUAAUAAUUGAGCUGGUCGCGAAGCAGGGCAACAAGAAAUGGUCUGAAAUAGCAAAGUCCUUGCCAGGUCGCAUAGGCAAGCAAUGUCGAGAGAGGUGGCACAACCAUUUAAAUCCAGAUAUAAAAAGAACUGCAUGGACCAAAGCAGAGGAACUGACUCUCAUUGAGGCCCAUAAGAUUUAUGGGAACAAGUGGGCUGAAAUAGCAAAGUUUCUUAACGGAAGGAGCGAAAAUUCAAUUAAAAACCAUUGGAACUCCUCAGUGAAGAAGAAGUUAGAACUCCGUUCGUCUCAUACUUCUGAUAUGAGCACUCAAAAUAUAAAAGCAGAAAGCAGAAAGCGUGAGGUGGUAAAGCAAGGUCUUGAUCAGAAAGCUAACAUGGAAAGAAAUGUGGAAACCUGUUCACUGGACCUGAAUCUGGUUCUCGGAACUGCAAAUAGAAGGGAAGGCCAAAUGCAAUCUUCUGACAAAAGAAAUUGCUGGUGGGCCGCUGCAAACAAAAUGAUGAAAACACCACCUAGAACCGUAUUUUACGACAGAGCUGCAGCUGCAGCUGCAUGUGGUCUAAACAUUGAACAAUGCCAAGAAACUUCUAGUAACUGUGGCAGACUGAGGGACUCUCAUAAUGUGACUGCUAAUAAUAGUUACAACAACAUUUGCAAUACUGCUCCUGAUUAUCUGGGUUUCCCAUUUUCACAUACGCGGAACCAUAAACCCAGUGAUCCUAUCUAUUUGUUGCCUUCCAGACCACUUCCUAGACCACCACAAGCCUCUUUAAAUGCUGGCUUAGGUGUUCCUGGUUGUAAGAGAGCAGCUGGUUAUUUUAUCAACAAACCAGUUCUCCCAGUUACUGCUCAGGGAUUGUAUGAAUCCUCUAGUGGACCUCAAGCUUAUGAGAAAAAGAAGGAUGGUGGAGCUCCUGUGAAUUCAAAGAAUUCAAGCCAUGGUCGCUUGUGCUACAGGCCAUUCCAACUCGAGGAUGUGGAAUUUUAUUUGGAAAAUGGUGAAUUCCCAAGUACAGAUAGUUACAUCCAGACAGAAUGUAGUUCAGUUUCCUUUUGCACUCCAACAAGUCACGAUACAAGAAUUUUUGUUGAUUGUAACAGUCCAGAUUCCACAUUGAGAAGUGCAGCGAGGACGUUUGAAAAAUCUCCAUCUAUCAUAAGAAAACGACGGCAUUCAGUUUCCAGAAAAAGUGUCAAUGCAGCAAAUCAUGGUGACAGUGUUUGCUGA